AUGGACAUAAAACCUAAUUUAGUGGAUGAGACUUCCAUCUUGUCUCGAAUAUGCGUGAAGAAUUUACCCAAGUACAUAGCCGAGGACCGCCUCAGAGAAUUCUUUUCUCAGAAAGGAGAAGUUACCGAUGCCAAGCUCAUGCGCACCAAAGAUGGCAAGGGCAGGCAGUUUGGAUUUAUUGGGUUCCGGACCGAGAGAGAAGCAGAGGAAGCUCUCAAAUACUUCAACAAUGCUUUCAUCGAUACUUGUAGGAUCAAUUGUGAGCUCGCUCGUAAAGUUGGGGAUCCAAAUAUCCCUCGUCCAUGGAGUCGGUAUUCCUUGAAGAAACAAGAGAAAUUGAAUGAAGAUGGAAAGAAGCCUACGGGUACCAACAGUCCAAGCAUCACAAAUUCUAAAGAGGAGAAAAAGAAGAUUAAGAAAAACAAUAAAAAGGAAAGUGAGAAUGAUGACCCUCAACUGCAGGAGUUUCUUGAGAUCAUGCAGCCCCGUAACAAGUCAAAAUUGUGGGCAAAUGAUACAUUGACAGUUCCCUCUCUUGAGCGAAAUGGGAAAGCUAGUGAUAAGCAAAUUCAAGUGAAAAAGGAAUUCAAGGAUGAAUUGGUGCCAAUGCUUACUGAGUUAGAUGGCACUCAUGAGAGAGAAAAUGUGCCAUUAGACACUCAGGAGGCGGAGAAACAACUCAAUUUGGCUCAAGAUGAUGUUGUCUCAGAUAUGGAUUAUUUCAGAAGUAGGGUAAAGCAAGACUGGUCAGAUUCAGAAAGUGGUGAAGAUGAAGACAAUAAUGAUGAUGAUGAGGAUGACAGUGGCAGCAACGGUUCGUUCAUUGAAACUGUUGAGGGCCAGGAUGUUGAAAACGUAGAUGAUAGGGGUCCAGCGCAUACCCAUGAAGAAGAUGUCUCGGAAGAGGAGGUGGAAGCCAGGUCCUGUGAAGUAGCUGACGAUGAAAUGGGCAAAUCGGGUGUACCGUUGCUAAGUUUGAAAGAUGAGGAAGAAGAAGGUCUGGAGACUGGUCGUCUUUUUGUCCGUAAUCUGCCAUAUUCUGCCACUGAGGAUGAGCUGGAAGAGCAUUUUAGCAGAUUUGGGAAUGUCUCACAAGUCCAUCUUGUUGUAGAUAAAGAUACAAAGCGGUCCAAGGGUAUUGCCUAUGUUCUUUACAUGUUUCCAGAAUCUGCAGUAAGGUCUCGAAUAUGCGUGAAGAAUUUACCCAAGUACAUAGCCGAGGACCGCCUCAGAGAAUUCUUUUCUCAGAAAGGAGAAGUUACCGAUGCCAAGCUCAUGCGCACCAAAGAUGGCAAGAGCAGGCAGUUUGGAUUUAUUGGGUUCCGGACCGAGAGAGAAGCAGAGGAAGCUCUCAAAUACUUCAACAAUGCUUUCAUCGAUACUUGUAGGAUCAAUUGUGAGCUCGCUCGUAAAGUUGGGGAUCCAAAUAUCCCUCGUCCAUGGAGUCGGUAUUCCUUGAAGAAACAAGAGAAAUUGAAUGAAGAUGGAAAGAAGCCUACGGGUACCAACAGUCCAAGCAUCACAAAUUCUAAAGAGGAGAAAAAGAAGAUUAAGAAAGACAAUAAAAAGGAAAGUGAGAAUGAUGACCCUCAACUGCAGGAGUUUCUUGAGAUCAUGCAGCCCCGUAACAAGUCAAAAUUGUGGGCAAAUGAUACAUUGACAGUUCCCUCUCUUGAGCGAAAUGGGAAAGCUAGUGAUAAGCAAAUUCAAGUGAAAAAGGAAUUCAAGGAUGAAUUGGUGCCAAUGCUUACUGAGUUAGAUGGCACUCAUGAGAGAGAAAAUGUGCCAUUAGACACUCAGGAGGCGGAGAAACAACUCAAUUUGGCUCAAGAUGAUGUUGUCUCAGAUAUGGAUUAUUUCAGAAGUAGGGUAAAGCAAGACUGGUCAGAUUCAGAAAGUGGUGAAGAUGAAGACAAUAAUGAUGAUGAUGAGGAUGACAGUGGCAGCAACGGUUCGUUCAUUGAAACUGUUGAGGGCCAGGAUGUUGAAAACGUAGAUGAUAGGGGUCCAGCGCAUACCCAUGAAGAAGAUGUCUCGGAAGAGGAGGUGGAAGCCAGGUCCUGUGAAGUAGCUGACGAUGAAAUGGGCAAAUCGGGUGUACCGUUGCUAAGUUUGAAAGAUGAGGAAGAAGAAGGUCUGGAGACUGGUCGUCUUUUUGUCCGUAAUCUGCCAUAUUCUGCCACUGAGGAUGAGCUGGAAGAGCAUUUUAGCAGAUUUGGGAAUGUCUCACAAGUCCAUCUUGUUGUAGAUAAAGAUACAAAGCGGUCCAAGGGUAUUGCCUAUGUUCUUUACAUGCUUCCAGAAUCUGCAGUAAGGGCAUUAGAAGAGUUGGACAAUUCAAUUUUUCAAGGCAGAUUAUUGCAUGUUAUGCCAGCAAAGCAGAAGAAUCCCACCUCUAAACAACAGGCCAAUUUCUCCAACCAAUCUGCAAAAACGUUUAAGCAACAGAGGGAGGAGGAGAAGAAGACAUCUGAAGCUAGUGGAAAUACACGAGCAUGGAACACUUUGUUCAUGCGCCCUGAUACAGUUCUUUUGCAGUUAUUUGUUCCGUUUCCUUCAGGAGAAGGAAAAAUGAUUGAGGAUGAGCUGGAAGAGCAUUUUAGCAGAUUUGGGAAUGUCUCACAAGUCCAUCUUGUUGUAGAUAAAGAUACAAAGCGGUCCAAGGGUAUUGCCUAUGUUCUUUACAUGUUUCCAGAAUCUGCAGUAAGGGCAUUAGAAGAGUUGGACAAUUCAAUUUUUCAAGGCAGAUUAUUGCAUGUUAUGCCAGCAAAGCAGAAGAAUCCCACCUCUAAACAACAGGCCAAUUUCUCCAACCAAUCUGCAAAAACGUUUAAGCAACAGAGGGAGGAGGAGAAGAAGACAUCUGAAGCUAGUGGAAAUACACGAGCAUGGAACACUUUGUUCAUGCGCCCUGAUACAGUUCUUUUGCAGUUAUUUGUUCCGUUUCCUUCAGGAGAAGGAAAAAUGAUGUAA